UCGGGCACAGCACAGCAGGCCUUUCCUGCCCCCUGGAAGGCAGCAAGAUGGUCCUGAACGAAGAGAAGGAUGUUCCCAGUGACCUGACCGCAGAGGAGCGGCAAGAACUGGAGAACAUCCGACGGAGGAAGCGGGAGCUGCUAGCCGACAUUCAGAGGCUGAAGGACGAGAUAGCAGAGGUCGCUAAUGAAAUUGAAAGCCUGGGAUCCACAGAGGAGAGGAAAAACAUGCAGAGGAACAAACAGGUAGCUAUGGGCAGGAAGAAAUUUAACAUGGACCCUAAAAAGGGGAUCCAGUUCUUAAUAGAGAACGACCUACUCAAGAACACGUGUGAAGACAUCGCCCAGUUCUUGUACAAAGGGGAGGGCCUCAACAAAACAGCCAUAGGGGACUACCUGGGAGAGAGAGAUGAGUUUAACAUCCAGGUCCUGCAUGCAUUUGUGGAGCUACAUGAGUUCACUGAUCUGAACCUUGUCCAGGCCUUGAGGCAGUUCCUGUGGAGCUUCCGGCUCCCUGGAGAGGCCCAGAAGAUAGACCGGAUGAUGGAGGCCUUUGCUCAGCGGUACUGUCAGUGCAACAAUGGGGUGUUCCAGUCCACAGACACUUGCUACGUCCUCUCCUUUGCCAUUAUAAUGUUGAACACCAGCCUGCAUAACCCCAAUGUCAAAGACAAGCCUACUGUGGAGAGGUUCAUCGCUAUGAAUCGUGGCAUCAAUGAUGGAGGAGACCUGCCCGAGGAGCUGCUGCGGAAUCUAUAUGAGAGCAUAAAAAAUGAGCCCUUUAAGAUCCCAGAAGAUGAUGGAAAUGACCUCACCCACACUUUCUUCAAUCCAGACCGAGAGGGCUGGCUGCUGAAGCUUGGAGGUGGCAGGGUGAAGACCUGGAAGAGACGCUGGUUCAUCCUGACCGACAACUGCCUGUACUACUUUGAAUACACCACGGACAAGGAGCCCCGUGGGAUCAUCCCCCUGGAGAACCUGAGCAUCCGGGAGGUAGAGGACUCCAAGAAGCCAAACUGCUUUGAGCUUUAUAUCCCUGACAAUAAAGACCAAGUCAUUAAAGCCUGUAAGACGGAGGCCGACGGGCGAGUGGUGGAAGGGAACCACACUGUGUACCGGAUUUCGGCUCCCACCCCCGAGGAGAAGGAGGAAUGGAUCAAGUGCAUCAAAGCAGCCAUCAGCAGGGAUCCUUUCUACGAAAUGCUUGCAGCACGGAAAAAGAAGGUCUCCUCCACCAAGAGGCACUGAGGCGUGCCAGGACCUCUGCCAGCCCCACCCAUGCCUAGAGACUGGCUUCUGCUUUGGUGGUUUGGCCGGCAGAGAAAGGGGCCGUGCUGUCUGGGGCAGGGACUGAAGCCUGCCCGACGGGCUCCCACCCCUCUCACUGAGAGAGCUGCGGGCAGCAGAGCGGCCGCGCGCUUCUGCCCCGCGGCUCCACAGCACGGUGGAGAAGCCCGCUCUAUCUCGUGCUGGCCGGGAGGAGCUGUCGCUCUACACCCUACACACUGUGUGGACACCAUAGAGCACGAGGUGGAAGGAAGAGAAGCCACGUACCAUAAAGAUUUAUUUUUGUUUUCUAAAGAGAAAAAGAACCCAGUGCUACCCUUCGCCCUGCCCGUGGGGCCUCCCUCUCCCCUCCUGGGCAGCUGGGCACCCCUGGCAGGGCCGCUGGGAGCCUCUGCGGUGGCCUGGCAAGGCGGCAGGCGGGGGCCCAGCAGACACAGGGAGUCCUCAGUGGCCAGCAGGCCCCAGGACCUGUGAGGUCCUCAGGCCUGGUCCCAGGAGGGGAGCGAGCAGGCCGGACAUCUCCCUCGUUUGGCCUCAGCACAGAGGCCGCUGGGCUUUAACAUAGAAAGUCAGUAUCUUCCUUGAGCUAAGUACCUAAUAACCAAACUGUGAGGAGGCUAUCCCACAGGUCCUGGGAUAGCCUGCCAUUUCACACCAGUUUCCUUUCCUUCCCCGCAGCUCCACUCCUCGUUCUAGAGGAUGGAGCAGGGUUUACCCGACCCCCUGGGGCAGCAGCCUCUCCUGCCUCCAAAGCAGCCCCAACUGGACACUGGUGCCUCUGUGGGGGCCUCCAGGGGGCAGGGGCCUUUGCUCAGCAGGUGCCAUGCGUGGGAGUGUUGCCCUGCGUCUCCUUCCCCCAGGCACGGGCGUGCGGCAGCUCUGCCCGCCCAGCGCCCACCCGGUGGUGCGAAGGGAGCCACGAAGCUCGGCGUUCUCCCGCCUUCUCUCAGGGACUCUCAGGGCAGCUCCUCCACUCAGCCCGGGCCAGCAGGUCGGGCCAGGCAGAGCAGGAGGGGGCCGUGCGCCUGCCCACCGCCCCCUCCCCCUCGCCUAGGCCGGGGUGGCAGGCGCUGCCUCAGGCAGGCGGAGGAGCCGUGGGGCUCCAUAGGGCUACGAGGCCUCGGCUUUGGCUCCUCUGACCCCACGAGGUAGAUGAGCAUCUCUAGAAAUAGUGUGUGGAGGGGCAGGGCUCCUUCUGCAGGUCCCGCCUGGAGUGGCUUCAGGCAUUUGGGGGGGGGGGCUUGUGAGGGCGACAGUGAUGGAGGAGUCCCCGCUGGAAACGGAGCUUCUUGGCAACAGAAGCAGGCCGUGUGGGUCCAAGUGCCAGCAGUGUGGCUGGCACCAGAGCCCCAGCAGGCCCGCGCUUCACCCGGGUCUCACAAGGAUUCCUGGACACACAAGCCCCUGGGUCAGUAUUAGUUUAUUUAUCAGAGGUGUAAAUAAUCCAUGUAUAGCUUUUCUCCUUUUAGAUUAUUUUGUAUUUGUUUAAAAAAAAGGAUUUGUCAAAAUACAAAAUAUAAAGAAAUGACUGAAAGUUGUUGACAGGGUUUUUAAAAAAAGAUGAUAAUUAUUAUUCCAGUUGUUUUGUUCGGUUGGUUUUGCCUUGUAAACUAGCGCCAAGGAACUGCAGCAAAUAAACUCCAAACCUGCCAGAA